CUUUACAAACGCUUCGAAAUUACAGAGGGGCCCUCUGAAUGCAUGGGGCGUGGCCGGGACUGGAAUGUUGACCUCAUCCCCAAAUUUCUCAUGGCCAAUGGCCAGCUUGUGAAGAUGCUCCUGUAUACAGAGGUGACACGCUACCUAGAUUUCAAAGUGGUGGAAGGCAGCUUUGUCUACAAGGCAGGAAAGAUUUACAAAGUGCCAUCAACAGAGACAGAAGCACUGGCUUCCAAUCUCAUGGGCAUGUUUGAGAAACGGCGCUUUCGCAAGUUCUUGGUGUUUGUGGCAAACUUCGAUGAGAAUGAUUCAAAGACCUUGGAGGGAGUGGAUCCUCAUGUCACUACCAUGCGCGAAGUCUACCGACGCUUUGACCUUGGCCAGGAUGUCAUUGAUUUCACAGGCCAUGCGCUGGCUCUCUACCGCACCGAUGAGCUCAGCGCUAUCUAUGGUGGCACCUACAUGCUCAACAAACCAGUGGAUGAGAUUGUCAUGGAAGGUGGCAAGGUCAUCGGAGUCAAAUCGGAAGGAGAGGUGGCACGCUGCAAACAGUUGAUCUGUGAUCCCAGCUAUGUGACAGAUAGAGUGCGCCCAGCUGGAAAAGUGAUCCGCAUCAUCUGUAUUCUGAGUCAUCCUAUCCGUGGCACCAGUGAUGCUAAUUCCUGUCAAAUCAUCAUUCCCCAAAAUCAAGUGGGACGCAAAUCUG